AUGAACAUCCUGCAUUCCACACUAUCAACCUGGCGCGACCGGCUGGCUCCGGUCUCCCGCACUUCAACCUUCCGCGCCACCGGCCAGAUCACUCCAGAGGAGUUUGUGCUUGCGGGCGACUAUUUGGUCUACAAGUUCCCGACGUGGUCCUGGGCCGAUGCAUCCAGCCCAGCCAAGCGUGUAUCCUAUCUGCCCCCGGGCAAACAGUUUCUCGUCACCCGUGGCGUGCCCUGCCAUCGCCGGCUAAACGAUAAUUUUGCCGGCGAUGCGGGCCACGAAGAUGAGAUUGUCAGGGACAUGCUUGCUGGGGACGGGGAUGAGGGUGCGGCGGGUGCUGACAGUAGUGAUGGGUGGCUGCGAACUGGUGGUGGGCGUGAUGUUGCUGCGGAUAGUGACAGACAAGAAGCUCGCAUCAGGGAUGUGAGGACAGUGGAUGAGUCCGGGAACUUGGGCGAGCAGGAGGAUGAAGAGGAGAUCCCAGAUAUGGAAGAUGAUGAUGACGAUGAAGAGGCGAUUAUUCGCGAGCCUGUCGGAAAGUCCGGGACGACGCAGCCUCUCCGCACUUACACUCUUUACAUCACAUAUGCCAACUUCUAUCGAACGCCUCGGCUCUAUCUGUCUGGCUAUCUAUCUCCGUCUGAGCCGCUUCCUCCGCACCUGAUGAUGGAGGACAUUGUCGGCGACUAUAAGGAUAAGACUGUGACACUGGAGGACUUCCCCUGGUUCGACGGCAGCGUCAAAAUGGCCAGCGUUCACCCCUGCCGCCACGCAUCAGUCAUGAAGACCCUGCUUGAUCGAGCCGAUGCCGCACUCAAAGUGCGGCGGGAGAAGCUGAAGCAAACACAGUCCCGAGAGGAAGCCAACCAUAUGUUAAAAGCAGAUAGAAGCAGCGGACUCGAGGGACUUGUGGACGACACGAAAGGCCUAUCACUGGGUGAGCACUCACAGCAGCCCUCAGGUGGUGGCGAUGAGUGGGAGGUUCUUCAGCACGACGAGGAAGAACAGGUUGCAAUCCGGGUUGACCAGUAUCUGGUCGUGUUUUUGAAGUUCAUUGCUAGCGUUACACCUGGUAUUGAGCACGACUUUACGAUGGGCGUAUAA